AUGGAUUUGGAAUGGGUGUUGGAGUUCUUGAAGGGCAUGUUGAAGCCAGCUUUGGCUCUUUCGGUGGCGGUUAUGGCUGCGAUUUUGUCAUACAUGCAUAAGUUGGGGUUGGGUGGUGAAUUGGUUUAUUCAUUCUCCAGAGCUUUUCUUCAACUUUCUGUUAUUGGGUUUGUUCUUCAGUUCAUUUUCUCCCACAAGAACACUGGCUGGAUUAUCCUCGCUUACCUUUUCAUGUUUCAUGGUUCAGUUGAAUUUAACCAAACAUUGGUACAACGGACUUAA